AUGUCGAGAAGUCGGGUCGAAUUUGACGACCGCGAGUAUAUCAGAGAGCCGCGGCGCGCUCCGGUUCGAGAAUACGAUGAGGUCGACGUCCGGGUUCGCGACCGGGUGGCCGGGAACGACCGCCUGCCCGCCUUUAUGCGUGAGGACAACCGCCGCCCCGAGCACGGCCAGAUGGUGCUCCGACAGAGAGAAGUUGAGACAGUCGAGCAGCGGCGUCCACCCAGCCCGGUCCAAGUAACCCAGCGUAUAAUCCGGACCCGGAGCGUCAGCCCAGCGCCAAGGAGGACUGAAGAAGAUGUGCGCUUCCGCCGUGUUGUCAGGGAACCGAGCCGUGGCCCUACCGAGAGGAUUCGCUUCGUAGACCGCUCGCGCUCGCCAUCCCCGGAGGUCCGGGACCGCAUUCGGAUCGUCGAGAGGGAGAAAGAGCGCGCUCCAAGCCCUGCGCCCCCGCCGCGGCCCCCGACACCAAAGGUCAUCAAGGGUCCAACUAUCGAGAGAGAAGUGAUCACGCAUUACCGGGAUAUUGAUCACGGAAUGGUGGUGGCUCGUCCGCCGACUCCCCCACCCCCUGUUCGUCACGACCACCGUGACACCGAGAUCGACAUUUACACCUCUCGGGGUCAAACCGAGGUUGAUAUCCACAGGAGAUCGCAUUCUCAUAGUCGCGCUAGGUCCAUUUCCCGAGAGCGGCCAUCACGACGCCCCGCCCAAACCUGGGAAGAUGAUGUGGUCGUCCAGUCCGACCGCCGCCACCUGCACGUAGAUAUCGAGCGCCGGCGGAGCGUUUCCAGGCAGGGGCGGCGUGCCCAAUCGGCAGCCCCGCCAGUCAUCGACUACGACGACGAGGCGUACGAAAUCACGAGCAAGAUCGACUCGCGCGGCAGAAUGGGCGAGGCCUGGAACGGCAUCACCAAGGACUGGGCCAUCAUCGAUGUGCCCCCCGGAACGGAGCGUGUGCGCAUGGACGGCGCUGGCGGCGCCUCGGCCGAAGUGACGUGGCAAAAGUACAGCGGCGUCCGCCGCACCAAGUUCAUCCCUGACCGCGAUGAAAAGAGUUCGGUAGUGUCGUCGUCGACGAGCGUUUCCGAACUGCGGGCCCCUCCUGAGCGCAGCGAAAGGCGGCUGAGCGUGCAAAUUGUCGACAAGGACCGCGCUGGUGGCAGAGACCGCGAGGUCGAGAUCGAGAAAGUCACGGAUCGCCGGAUUGCCAUCCGCGGCCAGACUCCUCCCGCGCGCCGCCCCGAGACCUGGACCGAGAUUACCAAGGAUCUCGUGUGCCGUGAGGCCAUCCAGGAGAUGAACUACGAGUUUGAGGAGACCGAGUUCUUCUUCUACAUCGUCGAGUACCUGUCCUAUGAGGACGUCCUCCGCCUGGUGCAGCUUUCGGACCGCAUCCGCGCAUCCCGCAAGCAGCGCGCCCACGAGAUCGCCUAUGAGCGCGAGUGGCGCGACGACUAUGAGCACCGCAACCACCACCAUCACCACCGCCACCGCUACUCGAUCGACUACGAGGACGACCGCGUCGUCGAGCGUGAGAUCCAUUACGAGAGCCGGCAUCCCGGGAGGGGUUACCGUCACUAG